AUGAUGGACGAGGAGACGAGGUUCACCACCACCAGCAACGACUACGAUGCUUCCGACUACACCCACUCAAUCGAUCCGUCUGUAGAUGCAAACGGCGGCAAUGACGCAGCGGCGGGCGCCACCGCUAAGGGCGAAGCGGAGGCCGCCCAUUCGCCCCAGCAGCAGCACGGCGGAAUCCCCGGCCAGGAAGAAGGCGGCGUCGGCGACGGUGGCGGCGACGCCACCCACGACGACGUCCAGGCGCUCGAGGCCGUGAUGCAGCUGGCACAGGCAGCGUCGGCGCAGCAUCAUGAGUACCAGCAGCAGCUCGAGCAGUACCAGCACGAGCACCAGCACCAUGGCCAGCACCACGACCACCAGGCGGACGGCGAACAUGCUGACGGCCACGGCCCGACAAAUGGCGGCGACGAGGGCGGACUGGCGCACCCCUUUGGUGGCGAUGGCAUUGACACGGCAUCGCGCAAGAGGAGCGGCUCUGGCGGUGGUCAGGGUGGCAGCGCCCGCGGGCCCAAGGCGCAAAAGGCGCAGAGCCCGUCCGGACCCAACGACGCUGGGAGCGGCAUGCACUUUGGUCAGCCCUGGGAGAACCUCAACCAGCACGACGCAAGGUGGCACCAGUCGCCGCCUCCACCGGCGCCGGCGCCCCCAUCGUCGAGCGCCCCAGUCGAGCCCGCCGUCAGCGCCGCUGCGCCGGGCACCAUUCCCGGUGUCGCCGUGCCGCAGAGCGACAGCACUCGGGACAUCCAGACCUCGCCGACGUUGCCUCUUGAUCCUGCACACGCCUCCCUUGCCACAGCCGGUGGCGCCAGCGGCACCAGCGCUCGCAGUGCCAGCGCGGAUGCUGGGGCCGACGGUGGCGCGGAUGCGACACAGGCCUCGCCCUCGAAGCCUGCCCGCCAGCUCUCGACGUCGAAGCGGGCCGCACAGAACCGCGCCGCGCAGCGUGCGUUCCGCGAGCGCAGGGACAAGUACGUCAAGGAGCUCGAGGGCAAGGCGGCGAUGUGCGAGCAGGCGCUCCGCACGGCCGACGAGAGCAAGGCCAAGCUGCGCGAGGCCCUCAUCACCAUCGACGGGCUCAGGCAGGAUAACCACUCGCUCCGCGUCGCCCUGGCUGCGCUUGGUGGCCACGUCGCCGGCCCGCCACCGCCCAGGCUUGAUCUCGACGCACACGAUGCCGAGAUGUCGGCGUCGAAGCAGCUCGGCGGAAACGACAAGGACGCAGAGGGCCAAGGCCAGGGCGAGGUUGAUGGCGAGGGCGAGGGCGAGGAUCGCCUCAACGCCGUCGCCGCCGCGGCCGCCGCUGCCGCCGUGAGGGCCGAGAGGGAGGGCCAGAGCGGCGUUGUCGAGGCGUCGAUGGAGCGCAGCCAGCAGACGCCCGCAGCGGAGACGAGGGCCGUUCCCGCCGUGUCUGAGCCUUCCUCUGUUGCGGUGGACCAGCAGCCGCAGCCGCAGCAGCAGGUCGACAGCGGUGCGGUGGCAGCUUGA